UAGUGGCUGGAACAUUUCUGUUUCGUGGAGAUCCUCUUGAUCCUCCUGUCUGAUGAUCCCUCAUUCCCUCUGAACUAAUGACAUUGCAGGGCAUUCGGCUCUCCUGACAGAACAGACCUAGCCUGUUUUAAUAAUAAGUGUCUAGGUGGCAGACUUGCAGCUUUUGGCCGUUUUCUCCAGUUUUCCCAGCGGUCUAACAACUCCCAUCGCCUCCAUACCGGGGCGGGUUCUCGUGGGCGGGCCGGCGAUGGAACAUGGAGCGUUGGCGCCAUCAACACCGGAAGUGGCCGUUGUCAGGGAGCCGGGGAGCGGCGGGAAGGAGCGGAGCAUCGAUACCGGGACUGGGAGCUGGGCCGGAGGGGGACAUGCUACCCGGCAAAUACCGGCCAAGGCUGCUCGGAAACCCGAUUAAUACUUGUGGUCUUCAAUUAUCCGUGCAGGCUUCAGCAGUCGGAGACCGAUCAUCCCAGAAACAACAGUUUGAUUAUAAAGUAAACAAGGAGUUCCUUCCCUCACACAAGCUUUUGAAUGUAGAAGGUGACAAGAAUUUCCAUGGCAAACCAGAAGGAACAUGCAAUGAUGAUCUACUCCGCCACUACUCAGAACCGUUAUCAAAGGGGAUAGCUGCGGAUGUGCCUUCACAUAGUCCUGCUUCAAUAAAAUGCAAGUCUCGACAGGGCUCUCAAAGUGCUGUGCCUUCCCCUUCACAUGGUCAAGGAGCCUUGCCGUACUUACCAGGUGACAAUGUCAUUUUCUCUGAGCUUCCUUCAGCGCCUGGAAUACCUGUUGUGUAUCGUACACCAGAGCAGCGGGCAGAGCAUUCUGAUAGACUGAAUUUAGACAGGCGAAAUCUUACAGUCUGUCCAAUAUUGGAGGGCGAGCAGCAACUUCGCCUGUUGAAUUUCCAGCAUAAUCUGAUUACUCAGAUAGAGCACGUUUCAAAUCUGCGUCGCCUUAUCUUUUUGGAUCUAUACAACAAUCAGAUUGAGGAAAUCUCAGGUCUUUCUUCUCUGAAGUCACUUCGUGUCCUUAUGCUGGGCAAAAACAGAAUCAAAAAUAUUUCCAAUCUUGAGAAUCUGACUGAUCUGGAUGUGCUAGAUCUACAUGCAAACCAGAUUUCUAAGAUGGAAAACAUUAAUCAUUUGAGUGAACUUCGAGUCCUGAAUCUUGCAGGGAACCUCAUUGUACAUGCCGAAAAUAUGAAUGGCCUUGAUUCACUGACAGAACUCAACCUCAGACGCAACUGCAUCGAAACUGUUAGAGAUGCAGACACAUUACCUUGUCUCCAAAGAAUUUUCCUCAGCUUUAACAACAUAUCCAGAUUUGAGAACAUUGCUUGUCUGGCAGACUCUUAUUCGCUCUCUGAGGUUACCCUGGAUGGCAAUCCUAUAGCUCAGGAGUCAUGGUACAAGUAUACGAUUCUGCGACACAUGGUGCAGCUACGACAGUUGGACAUGAAGAAAAUCACGGAAGAAGAGAGGCGAAUGGCGUCGGUCAUGGCCAGGAAAGAAGACGACAAAAAACGUGAAAUCCACAAGCAGGCCAUCUUGAAGGAGAAACGGCGCUUGGCUAUCAGUAAUGCUGCCAGACAGUGGGAGAUGCAGCAGUCCAUCGCCACAGCGAAGCAUACACAGCCAGCACAAGUGAAGCCUCCUUGCACAGCCAGUAAUAUCAAUAUUCACAAGCCGUGUCAUCUCAACGAGUGUGAACAUGAAUUGUGGCAGCAUGAAUCAAGCCAACCAAGUCCCAAAAGCAGCAUUAGAAAGGAAAGAGCAGAAAGCAACAAACAAGAAUUCAGUAAAGCUGAAAAGCCCCAUAAUUUGAGGUCUGACGGGAUGCUGACUUCUGGAGUGUCAGGGCUGUCAAUUGCAGAGUCUCACCUGGCCGAGCUGGACAGAGACACAUUACACCUGUAUGGGUUUGGUGCUCUGGAAUCCCUGGAACGCAGCUGGGGCGUACAGGCAGCCGCUGCCGUCACAACGGUCUCUUUCAUGUUUAUUGACUUUGAUGACAUCAUUCCCAUAUUACCACGGUUAAGGAUUAAAUUCCCAAAUAUUUUGCACUUCAAGUUCCAGGACACCAAUCUGCACAAACUGCAGCAGUUCAAUGCGCUGGCACUGGGUCGCCGACUGGACCAGCUUACCGUCAGUCCUCAGGGGAACCCAGUGGUGAACUUCACUCUCUGGAAGUACUACGUUCUCUUCAGGCUUAAUCAUUUUGGUCUUCAAAAAAUAAAUGGUGUUGAGGUAACUCCCAUGGAUAUAGUAAUGGGUGAACGAUUCUUUGGAAUUUUAUCACGUGUGGCUGCCUCUCAUCUACCCCAGCCUCGACUCCUUUCAUUACUUGGAGAAAUCAAAAAGAAACAGCUGAAUUUCAUACUGGCGGGGAAAGGAAAGAAGCCUGGGAUCACAGUGGAGGAGUGUAAGGACAGCAUAAAGCUUGGAGCUGAAAGCAUAGGUCGUGCUGUCCUGAAUUACUCCAAUAAGGACAUCGCCACAGAACAAUUAAAGGAAACGAAGAUGUUUUGCCAAACAUAUGUGCGGGGACUAGUUAAAGAUGCUGCCCUGAUCAAUGUUAAAAAUGAAUCCCUGCACAAGCUGUGGCCACAGAUUUUCAUUGAACUUGUGCGAGACUGUGUCAUUCAGAUGAGCAAUAAAAACUCACAUAUGAAGCUGUGCCUAAAGAACAUAAUGGAGCAGAAAUGAACAGAACAGAUGACUCCACUGCAGCUUGUGCUCAGAAUUAAACAUCUAUUUGAGAGCCCUCAGCACCAGAAUCACUCCAUCUCCAUUUACAAAGCCCAUGGAGUUGUUUCUUCAGCAUUUCCACUUCAUCGGAACAAGUAUUACCAAAUCACAAUCUGUAAGAAACUGCAAUCCUGUAGAGAGUGUGCACACCAGUGAAAAGGAAGUCAGAACCACUGUAACCUGUCUUCCCCUUUAACUGCAGGUACGCAGAGCAGUGUGGCGAAACAGACUGUCUAUGUAGGUAUUCCACUGCUAGUGUCUCCUGAUGACAUUAUCUCUUGUGGAUUUCGGCCACAAGUGUUCUAACUGAAUGUUUGGUCUUCUAGUAACAUGUCUCGGCGUGUUUGGAUGAUGUAGUACUUGCAGCCAGGAUCACAACCUGUGAAUUUCAAUUCGCUGUUUACUCAUUCAUGUGGAGCUCACUGGGAAUCUUUCUAAAAAUCUUUCUUGGAAGUAUUAUACCACAGCAGUUUUAAAGUAGAUUGUAUUUUAAUUCUGUUUUAAUGGCAAGUGGAGCAUAGCCUUUUCUGGCUCAUUGUGCAACUCUGAGGGUAUUUCACCUGUUUCAGGAUUGCUGUCUGUAAGCGCAGUGGGAUCUGUUAUCUGUCUGUAUGAUGGCUUUACCUGUUCCCACGGCUCAGCACUGGAUGAGACGCCAAUAACAGUCUGAUUUUACAGUAACUGUGUUCCACAUUCGUUAUAUUAGUAGGCAGCUGCCACAAUGUUCUCUUAACUUAAGAAAGGGUUUACAGUGGAAUUUUUGCCAAAUUCACUUUAUCUCAUUGACUAAUGCUGUUUUUGUGUUUAUCAGACUACUACAGGGAACCAUGUAAACAUUAUGCAUAGCUUUGAUAAUAUUUGAUGUUUCAAUAGUUAAUGCCAUGUCCCACUGCAGACACACAGGAUGAAAUAGGUCAGCAGCCUUGGUCAAUUUGGCUAUACAUUUGGACUUCCACUGCUUUGAACUUUAACACCAUAUAUCUUCCACUGUUACUUUGCAACAAAUAUCUAACAAUCUCAGCAAAACUAUGCCCAAGACCAGCUGUGUUAAACGUAAAAUAUUAUCCAAUGAUACGUUUAUUAAAAUAGCCAACUCACCACAUCAAGACUUUAAUGCCAAAGAUGUGCCAUGAAUUCCUCAUCGUGAGUCGAUUGGAGGCAGCACACACAUUAACAUUGCAAUACGUAGGACACUGUGCUACAGUAGAUUGGCUACUUGGAUGUGGAUCCAUUCUGGUGUGUGCCAAGUGUGCAUUAAGUGUGCAUUGGGCACUUAAUAUGCAUUAGAUCUGGGCAUUACUACAUGCUGUAUAUUUUUGAUAAAAUGCACAGUUUAGUGUUCAGAUAUCAGUUAAUUUCUCCAAAGAUUUGCAAUUGACAGUUUGUGUAACAUUUUAAAAAAACGAUUCUGGCUUUUCUUCUGAAAAUUUGACAUAAUUUGCUUCAAAUUGCUCUGUUUUGUUGUGGAUCUGUACUGAAAGUUUCUCUGUUUUGUGGGGUGUGAGAAAGGAAACUAUUAAUCUAGAAUUGCUGCUUUAUGAAUGAAGUUUUAUAAUUUCAAUAAUUCAUCAAAUAUUCAAUUUGAAUUCAGUGAGUUACCAGACUGACAUCAAGCGUUGAAAUUUACAUACUAUUCAUUAUUCUGACUUUUAUAUGCCUGUUUAAUUGAUGUAAUGCACUAACAAUUUUUCAGAUUACAUAAUCACUAGAACAUUGUUUAUAUCUCAAUGAGAUUUAAUGUUUGUUCAUUACUGGUUUAAAGUCAGAAUACUAUUAAAGUUUCUUUCA